AUGUCCUUGCGCUGCGUGCGCUUGGAAAACCACAUCGGUUUAGGACCGGAAAGGCCUGAGGAUGAGGAUGAGCCAUUCAUUCUGGAGGAUACAUGUCUUGUUAACACAGAGAAUAUUGAUGCCCACUCGUGUGAGACCUCCUCUCUGGCAAGCUCUGACAGUGGAGACCGCACUCAUUUUAAAAGGAGGAGGAAAGCAGUGGAAACUAAUGCAACACAACAUGGAUUUGUUUUAAGACACAGUGUAUUGAAAGGAAUCUCAGCCCAGAUAGUGUCUGCUGCAGAUAAAGUUGAUUCUGGCCUGCCAACAGCAAUCACUAUUUCCAGUGUGAUUGCAGUAGGCACAUCACAUGGUCUGGCCUUAGUAUUCGAUCAGAAUCAGGCCCUGCGGUUAUGUUUGGGUACCACAGCACUUGGAGCAGAUUAUGGUGCAGUCUCAGCUCUCAGUAUUAAUCAUGACUGUACAAGACUUCUGUGUGGCUUUGCUAAAGGACAGAUCACUAUGUGGGAUUUGGCCAAUGGAAAGCUUCUGCGCACUAUUACAGAUGCCCACCCACCUGGUACUGCCAUACUACAUGUGAAGUUCACAGACCUCCCAACGCUUGCUGUGUGUAAUGACAGUGGUGGAUCAGUGUUUGAACUGUCAUUCAGGAGGGUGAUGGGAAUGAGGACAUGUGAAUCAAGGUGUUUAUUCAGUGGUUCUAAAGGUGAAGUUUGCUGUGUUGAGCCUCUUCAUGCUGGACCUGAACUGAAGGAUCAUCCAGUCACACAGUAUUCUCUACUGGCUUUGGCUUCACUCACUAAGAUCCUGCUGUUAGGACUAAGGCCUUCACUUAAAGUCUGGAUGACUUUUCCCUAUGGCAAGAUGCAGGUGGAUCCUACCAGUGUCCCCUUGUUAGCUUGGCAGUUUGUUGCAGUACAGAAAACAAUCAACCCCAUUCUGUCUUUCUGUAGAGGAGACACCAUCCACUUUCUGCUGGUUAAAAAAGAUGAGUCUGGGACUAUCCAUGUCAUCAAACAGAGGCAGUUUCAACUCAACUGUGAUCCUAUUAGUUUAAGCUGGAUAAAUUCCCAUACACUUGUAUUAAUGGACAGCAGAGAAAAGCUGCGAGUACUGGACAGGCCGAGUCAGGAGGAACUGGAGGUGGUGGACAUGACUGAGCUGCAACUGGUCUAUAACAGCAGCUAUUUCAAAUCCCUUGCUACUGGUGGAAAUGUCAGCCAAGCACUGGCCCUGGUUGGAGAGAGAGCAUGUUUCCAGUCUGUUAGCAGCUAUGCAGGCCAGAUUAUUUAUCUGGGAACAAAGUCUGUGCACAUCAUGACCUUGAGGAACUGGCGUGAGCGUGUAGACCAUCUGCUGAAGCAGGAGAAAUGCAUUGAGGCUCUUUCACUUGCCUGGUCUUUCCAUGAGGGUACUGCUAAAGCUGUGCUUGGUCUGUAUGACGACCCUGCUAAAAGAAAAUGUGUAGUUGCAGACAAGAUGGUGGAGAUUUUAUUACAGUAUGUAAAUCAUUCUCUGAAAAAGUGUCCAGAGCAGGGGAAGAUUCAGGUGAUGGAGCAUCACUUCCAGGACAUGGUUCCAGUCAUGGUGGAUUACUGUAUACUUUUGCAGAGAACGGACCUGCUGUUUAACGAAAUUUACCCUCGGCUGGUGGAGAACUCUGUUGCCAGGGGUGUGUUUUUGGAGAGUCUGGAGCCAUACAUUUUAAAUGAGAGGAUUGGCUGUCUCACCGCACCUGUCAUGAGAGAUCUUCUCAGCUAUUUCCAGGAAAAUGGCAUGAUAGAGAGUGUGGAGGGAUGCCUUGUCCACAUGGACAUCACCAACCUGGAUAUAAAACAGGUAGUGAAGAUGUGCUGGGAUAACCAGCUGUAUGAUGCCAUGAUCUAUGUGUUCAACAGUGGCAUAAAUGACUAUGUCAGUCCCAUGGAGAAACUCUUCCAGGCAAUUUGUCCUCCUCUGCAUGAAGGAAAGCCUCUCACAGAUGAGCAUGUUGUAAUAGGAAAUAAACUGCUGGUAUACAUCAGCUGCUGUCUAGCAGGACGAGCCUAUCCUUUAGGGGACAUUUCUGAAGAUCUUGUACCCCAGGUGAAAAACCAGGUGUUUGAAUUUCUGAUCCGUUUGCAUUCUGUGGAGGCUGCACAGGAAGAGGAAGUGUAUCCAUUCAUCCGAACUCUCCUCCAUUUUGACACUCAAGAGUUCCUAAACGUCUUGGCACUGACAUUUGAAGACUUCAAGAAUGACAAAAAGGCUUUGGAGUAUCAGCAACGGAUUGUUGACAUUUUGCUGAAGGUCAUGUUGGACAAUUCUGACUUCACCCCAUCGCAGGUUGGCUGUCUUUUCACUUUCCUGGCACGCCAGCUUGCCAAGCCUGAUAACACCCUCUUUGUUAACCGAAAGCUGUUUGACCAGGUUCUUGAGUUUUUGUGUAGUCCGGAUUAUGACUCUAGACAUACAGAAAGACAGCAGGUACUUCUGGAACUGAUGCAGAUUGGGGGUGUGGUUCAGUUUGAAGAGGGGCAUCUCCUUGACCUUGCAGAAAAGGCAGAGUUUUACCAAGUCUGUGAGUUUAUGUAUGACAGAAAACACCAUUAUGACAGAGUUGUAGACUGCUACCUUAAAGACUCUUUAAGAAAGGAAGAGCUCUUUAACUACAUACAUACCUUCCUAUCUAUGUCGGACUACACCUUAGAUGAGAAACAGUCUGUGCGGGUCAAAGCACUACAACACAUCAAGGAUCUGGUCAACAUCAACCCAGUUAAGACAACAGCGCUAAUAGCGGUACACUUUUCAGACAAAGUGCACUCUAUUGUUACAGAUCUGCAGGAUGAUGACUACUUGGUUUUCCAGUUUCUGAUGUGCCUCCUGGACCCCAGCUCCAGAGAGGGUCUGAAUCCUCAGGCUGUGAUGAAAGUUGGACCACAUCUUAAUGAGCUUUUAGUGGACCUGCUGUGUCAGUUCAGCCCUCAGCAAGUCAUCACCUUCCUUAAAAUGUCUCGGGAUUACCGGCUAGAGGAGACCAUACAGAGAAAAACAGAAAAGAUGCCAAAGCCCAUCGCGCCGAUUUAUUGCAUGACUGCGAGACAAACCAUUCAGAAACUUCAGGUGAGUUAAUAAUUCAUAGUCAUUUGAUUUUUAAACUCCUCUUUUUCCGUUUUUGAUGCAUAUUUGACUGUCACAACAGGUGAACAGGAGGGUGCCAACUGCG